CAAGAUUAUAUCAUAUGACCAAGAUGAGGGUCACAUUGUGACCACGUGGCUACUCUUUAGGACAUCGAACGACCUUAAAUAUAGCUGAUAACCGUUUCUCAACCACUUUUUAACUGGAGUACCCCACCGCACGGACACAAAAAUUCUGAAGAUGCUUCGUGCUGCUGUGCUCGGAUGCCUUCUGGCAACAUCUCUGGCUUUCAACAGUUUCCUUGACAACGAGUGGGAGUCAUACAAAUCAGCGUACGGCAAACAGUAUGAACACGGUGUGGAGGGUCUCAGACGCCAGAUCUGGGAGAGUAACAUCAAAUACAUCGAACAGCACAACCUGGAGGCGGACAGAGGACUCCAUACAUACAGACUGGGAAUGAACGAAUACGGAGACUUGACAAACGAAGAAUUUGUAUCCGUAAUGAAUGGAUUUAAACAAAAUGCUACAAAGAAAGUGUGCGGCAAAUUUAACCCACCAAUGAACGUGGAUUUAUCUUCCCUACCAGAUACAGUAGACUGGAGGAAGGAAGGCUAUGUAACAGAAAUAAAAAAUCAGGGACAAUGUGGCUCCUGUUGGUCAUUCUCAGCUACUGGUUCCCUCGAGGGACAAAACUUCAAGAAAACUGGAAAACUUGUUUCCCUCUCUGAGAAGAACCUAAUGGACUGUUCCAAACCAGAGGGAAACAAAGGAUGUGAAGGUGGAUUGAUGGAUCAAGCCUUUGCUUACGUCAUAAAGAAUGAAGGAAUUGACACUGAAGAGUCAUACCCAUACAAACCAAAGAAUGGACCAUGUGAGUUUAAGUCGGAAGAUAUCGGAGCAACAGAGAAAAGUUGUAUGGACAUAGAAACUGGAUCUGAGGACGAUUUACAGGCUGCAGUAGCAACUGUAGGACCAAUCUCUGUCGGCAUUGAUGCCAGCCAUGCUUCUUUUCAACUGUACAGAUCUGGUGUAUACAAUGAGAGAAGGUGUUCCACUAAGAAACUUGAUCAUGGUGUCCUUGCUGUAGGUUACGGAAAAGAUUUAAUGAAGGAUUACUGGCUUGUAAAGAACAGCUGGGGCAAAAGUUGGGGACAGGAAGGCUAUAUCAUGAUGUCAAGAAACAAAGAUAACCAAUGUGGCAUUGCCACACAAGCAAGUUUCCCUACCAUGUAAUUGGAUUGGGCAACAGAUCUGCGAAGAGUAACAACCGUUAAUCUGAUAUGCUGAUUAAACUGAUCUGAAUAAUUAAACUAAAAUUUACUCUGAUUGGUUAAUUUGUUAUGUUGUGCAAAAGCGUUGUUAAAUGCGUAUUUUAUCACAUGUUGACAAGUCAUACAAAAUGUUGUUGAAAUAAAAGUUCAAAAAUAAAAGACUUGAUCGAACUUGGA